GCUAAGGGAUCUACCCCUCGACCCACUAGCUAUAUCGAAGAACGAUCUAGUCAAAAACGAGAUAAAAUUUUGAUCUAUACUAAGAGAGCCCAGGAUAUUAAAUCUAUAUUAAAUAGCCCUAAAGAGACAACAGAGGAGUUAGCUAAGUUUCGGACCGGAUAUAGUCUUACUCCUUUGAAUAGAAAGCCGGUUACGAUUCGACAGAAAUUGUUCAAAAUCCUCACUGACACUUAUCAGAAAUAUAAGUAUGGUGGCCAAGAUAAGGUUUCUAAGGAAUUAGUCGCCCGCUUUGUCAAGCUUUACUAG